AUGGAGCUCGCGCCCAAAUCCCAAAACCUCUUCGACGUCUAUCUCCGACUGCGACCCCCGUAUCCAGGAGCGCUGCAAACCGAGCGCAUCCUUGACGUCGAAGCCGCGGCAGACAACCUGCAUCCGUCCCACAUCACUCUCAACCCACCACCGGAUCGACGAAGGGCCGUCGAGCGGUUUGGCUUCACGCAGGUGUUUGAGGAGGACGCCAGCCAGCUCGACGUCUUCCACUGCACGAAUGCUUCGUCGCUGAUCGAGGGCGUGCUGGCCCCCAACGGUGGCGAUGGGACAGAUGCUGUCGUGGCCACGCUUGGUGUCACGGGCUCAGGCAAGACGCAUACGAUCCUUGGCAGCCGUAACCAGCGAGGCCUCACUCAGCUGGCCGUGGACGUCCUCUUCCGAUCCAUCAACGACAACAUGGUCGAAUCCGCCCAGUCGCCAACUCUCGACUCGCUCCAAGCCUGCGAUGCCUCCGAAUCUACCCUCGUCACGGCAACCUACUUUCUCGAUAACAUGAAUGGGGAUGUACCCCAAGGGACAUACCGUGGUUCCGGCUCAAGAUCAACCACGCCCAUGAUGGGCGAAAGCACCAUGUACUCGAGUCAACGACGAACCCUGCGCCGAAACUCGACCCUGCUCAACUCGCUUCCCUAUUCUCCGGACGUUGGCGACUUUGCAGUGUCCUGCGAUGCCGCCGCCGAGUACGCCGUCGUUGUAUCCAUGUACGAGGUUCACAACGACCGCAUCUACGACCUCCUCACCCCCUCCGCCAAAUCCGCCUCCAACAAAGACUACCGCCGACCCCUUUUGUUUAAACCUACCGAGCUGUCCCCUGAUCGCAAGGUAGUUGCCGGCCUUCGCAAGGUAGUCUGCACCGAUGUUCGAGAAGCCCUCUUGGUGCUCGAGGCAGGCCUGCAGGAGAGGCGAGUGGCUGGUACGGGGAGCAACAGCGUCUCGAGCAGGAGCCACGGCUUCUUCUGCUUCGAAGUCAAGAAGAGGUCAUUUGGUUGGAAGAACAACUCGUGGAGCGGAAGCAAGCUUACCAUUGUCGACCUCGCGGGUAGCGAGAGGGCCAAGGAUGCAAAGACUCAAGGCGCGACGUUGGCAGAGGCGGGAAAGAUCAACGAGAGCCUCAUGUACCUUGGCCAGUGUCUCCAGAGCCAGAGCGAGGUCAGCGCUGGCAGGGCCAAUGUUGUUCCUUACAGACAAUGCAAGCUCACCGAGAUCCUCUUCUCCAACUCAUUCCCGUCCGCGGCAGGAUCAUACUCUCACACUCCGCGCCGAAACCCCCAGCGAGGUGUCAUGAUUGUCACGGCGGAUCCUCUGGGCGACUUCAACGCAACAUCCCAGAUCCUUCGCUACAGCGCUCUUGCUCGAGAAGUCACUGUUCCUCGUGCGCCAUCAUUUACGGCCAAUUCGCUCGCACCAAGUCCCUCGCAUUCCACCCAUCACACCAGGCCGUUUGGCAAUGCCGGCUUUGGGUCUACGAGAAGCCACUUUUCGCCCAUUAAAGCCACCGACGAGAGAGUGACCAUGGAGAUUGCCGCGUUGGAGAUUGCCAGGAUGAGCGAGGAAAUCGAGCAACUCCGUGACGAAAUCGAAGUGCAGAGUGAGGCCCGUAUUGCGGCCGAGGCUCACCUCCUUAGUACGGAGGAUCGCAUGAUCGACAUGGAGGCCGCCGUUCGAGAGGAGUGCGCGCUUGAGUUCGAGCAGCGUCUUGCUAUCGAACUGGCUCGCUUCAAAGCAUCCAUGCAGAUUGAAAAGGAGCGGCACGAAGAGCACUGGGAUCGCAAGGUGGACAUCUUGGAGCGCGGUCUGGACACGGGCUUUGAGGAAGACUUUGACAAGGAAAACGUCCUAGUCGAGAACCUUACCCAAGAAGUCGAGCGGCUGCGACGCGAAAACAUGAUCCUCAAGAGGGAGCUUUCCAACCGCAGCCCCAGCAAGCGGAAGCCCCUGGAGGAGCGCGAGGACUUUGUCCUUCCCAGCGGCAGCGGCACGCCCAAGCAUGACAGCGUGACGAGCAUCAGCCGCAAGUUUGAGCGCAUCAAGAUUAGCAGCGACGUGGGCGGCGCCAACGGGCCUAGAAGUCCCAAGAAGGUGCGCAGAUUGGUAGCUAGACGCUGGGAUGAUCCGGAUGAGGUGUAA